UAACGAUGGCGGCUGGAAUACUACAGGCAUACGCCAAAAAAGAAGAGAUUUAUGGAUAUGAAACUUUAUACAGGGAAAUAGGCUACUACAUUUCGAGACUGGAGCAAUACGAGAGAUCGCUUAAGUUCUUUGACGAAGCACUCAAAAAAACCCCGGAUGAUAGGAGAGCACUAAUAGGUAGAUCACGUGCGAGAGCCAAAGCUAUCCAUUACCAAGGCGCCUUGGAAGAUAUAAACAAAGCGCUUUCGCUGUAUCCCGAUGACCUGGGCAUCUUAGCUGAGAAAGCCUUGAAUACGUAUCUCUGCUGCGAGUUUGAAAAAGGUUUGGUCCAAAAUUCUCGGCUCGCGCCUAAACGGCAAAAACCAGAUAAUUUCGUUAUUGGCAUAAUGCACUGCUCCGACGCGAUCGAGAAUUGUCUCGGAGAGAGAACAGGUCGUCCACUAGCGGAUCACUUUAAAAUAAUACGCAGGUUGGCGUGGAAGAGGAAUUAUGAACUGCAGAAGCCUUUCGAGCCCAAACCGAGAACCAAAUCGAAAAAGAAAAGCAAAGCCUCCACGUUCCACAAGCUCAUCCAUAGUGAUACGAUUCAAGAACCCGUCCAACCUAAAAAGGCGAAAGCAAAAAAACUUGACGAUGAGGGGAUGAGCAUUAGAGAUUCGCUCCAUUCUAAAAAGGCAGACGAUGAACCGAUCCCUCCACUCGUAGGGGCACUGCCGUUUAAGCCGCUCCAAAAUUACACAUCGAAUCUGGAGAAUUACAUGGCGGAAAAAUAUUUAGACUCGAUGUACCUGGACAAGAUAUUUCUAAAAAAAAUACAAAACGAACCGGGUGCGCACUGCCCAAACAAAAGAGGGUCAUUGAAGAUCAAGCAAUUAGCAAUGGACUGCUACAAAACGGUAUCGAACAAGCAGGAGUUGCUGAGAACACGAAGACCGUUUUAUUUUAUAAAAUAUCAAGAAGCGAAGAUAUCCGGAGCGUUGAAAGAAAGACAGAAGUUGGAGUUGGUGCAGCAACAGGAAACGACAAAAAAAGAGGCGGAUCACAUCCUCGAAAGGAUGUUGGACGCCUACUCGAACAAGAAGCUGAAGAUGUUCUUAAGUCUCGUGGAAAAAUUAAAGAGGUAUUGCGAUUCGAAACCGCGAAGGUUGUUGCCCAACAAGGACGACUACAUGCACGAAAUUUACGACAAGGUUUGUAAGGCAUUUUACGAAGUAUACAGGGUGAAUCCGAGCCAUAGUUUGUACGAGCAAAACAAAAGGAUAUACGCCAUUUUCGGUUUGCAACUAAGUCGCGAACCUUCGACUGAUUCGGUGUUGGCGGAAUUUAAAGGCUUAUAUCUCGAUUACAAAAAACUUAUCCACGAGUUCGAGCAACGACUACAAGACGCUGUUUUACCCGACGAGAUAUGCUGGUAUUAUCACGAAUUGUCGAGGUACCACAUAGAGUUGAAGAAAUUAGAUUUGGCUCGAGUGUACUCGCGGAAGUGUAUCCAAGAAGCGAAAACAAUUCCAAACUUGCGCUGGGAAUUGAACGGUACAAUGCUGAUGGUAAAAUGCAAUCUGCAGCAACAUAACAAGAACGACGCUCAAAACACUCUGGCAGAAGCCAUGAAAUGUGCUGAACAGCUCCACGACAAUGAUCUGGUCGAUUAUAUUAACAAGUGUAUGGACGUAGCCGAGGGUGUAGAAUUCGACGACAUAUUUGGUCCGCAAGAAUUGGAGAAACGCGAAAAGAAGAUUAUUUCGAUGAUGCAGACCGCCAAGAUGAAAGACGAAGCUUCGUACCUCUUUAAGCAGAUGUCCGCGAUGCCGUCGUCCAGAAGAAUGACAGUCAUUCCUGGAAUAACGGUGAGCGGUAGUAAAGCGAAAGGAAAAUCGCGUCAGAUGUCUAUAAUGCCAGCGUUGAAAAGCAGUAGAAUGGAAGAUGCUGAAUUGCCAGAUCACCACAAACCAUCCAGAGAGGAGAGCAAAGGGGCAGAGUUUAUGGACUUGGUCGAGUUUCAUGUGCAAUAAAGAUGUGAACGUUUUCCCGACGAACUUGACAUGAAAUUUAGUGUCAGCCGACGAUGGCGAAAUGUCAUUUGCAAAAUUCCAUUUAAAAUAAA